AUGUUGGCAAAGUGGAUCGUAGCGUUUCUGGCCGUAGUGUCGGUGGGUAGUGAGGUCGGCUAUGCAAGCAAGGUGGGGGGAAGGACAGUGGAGGGUAAUGGGAAGCAGCGCGAUCUGUUUGAUCAGAUGAUCCACUCGUUAGCGGGUAAGUACAUGCCGGGAUUGAACGGGGGGGAGACGACAGGUUGGCAGUGGACGGUUCAUCCGUUGCCGAGGAAGAGGCAGUUGAGCUUGAGUCCGAGUCUGUUUGGCGGUAAUGGCGGAGAUGGUGAGGAUACGGGGAGUGGAAAUGCGCUUCCUGCUUCGAUUCUCGCUGCAGUGGCCAGUCCGUCAGCCGCUGCGAGUAGUGGCGGAUCGGCAAGCGCUAGUGUGACUGGAAGCUCGGAUCGUUCCACUUCAGCCUCUCCCUCUGCCACCAAUUCGCCUACUUCGUCUGUGGUCGCCUCAACAGCAACCACCCCGACGAGCUCAGCCAUCCCAUUGUCGAGGCUCAUCACGAGCAACAUACCAGCAUCUUCCACCGUAUCCACCAACACCGGAACUAGCACAUCCAGCUCUUCCACCACCGCGACGCCGACCAACAAGGACAACGUCACUUCGGCGUCGCUGAUGUCACCCAAGAACAAAUUGUUCCCGCUCGUGGUUGCGGGUCUCGCUGCAGCCGGGUUGGUGGCGCUCAUGCUGCUCAUUGCCAUCGCACGUUGCGUAGCACACGACCAGCUGCGUCGUGACAAUCUUCGUAAAACCUACUCGUUCGAUGGCGAUUGCGAGCCAAAAAAGCCGGAUCGUUUCACAACGGCGCCAGCGCUCGGAGCGGCUCGAUCGGUUCGUCGAGCUCUCACCAAGAAGAAGCUCGGCAGCUUCGCGCGUCGAACGCAGGACGGCUCAGUACUGAUCGAGGUGGGCGACGAGGUGUUUGCGGUUCCACCGCAUUUAGCGGAUAGCUAUCGCGAGAGGAUUUUAAGCGAGAAGCGAUCCAGAUCGGAUCUGACAUCGGUCAGCGACGAAAGUAUGGGCCUGUUCGGUGUCAAGCCCAAGUACCUUAACGAUGGCGGACCGGAUGGAGAUGAGCAAGAGGCGAGAGCAAAGUACGAUAGAAUGCUCGAGGAAGGCGUGGAGAAUGGCGGGGUGAAGAGGGGAUUGAGUCAGAGAUUGGGAGAUCGAUUGCGAUCGCUCAGGAGGGCGGCUACAGCGCAGGUGGAAGAGGCGAGCGGCGGCGUAAUGGAGAGGGAUGCGUAUUCGUUUGCGACUGGCGACCAGCAGAGAGGUGCUGUUCGACAGACGGAUCUGGCGUCGCGCAAUCCUGUGGUUACGAGUGGUAGCACGGGAUGGCAUAUCUCGCAACGACAGUCUUCUGCAGGUAUCGCCGGUAUAGGAAUGGCCAACGGAGCUGCUGAAGAGUCGGCGUUCGGCACUGUCCAGGUGUACUCGCGUGGACCUGCACCGCCUCGUCCACCUGUACUUACGCGCGCGCCACCCAAGACCACCUCAACAUCGGCUCUCAAGAACCCUGCUCGUCGAGGUGCGCCCAAACUGGAGCUCUCUGUGCUCACCGAAAAGCUCGCCGAUCUGGAAAAGCAGACACUCGCAUCCUCGCGCUUACCAGCCGAAGCAUCACUCACGCACUCAUCCGGCGCAUCCGCAGGCACCGCAGGCACGUUCGGCAGCACCGCCUCCUCCACCACCUCUGGCCACGCCUCCGAAUCGCUACCCGGCGCGUUUCCACAACGCACCAAGUCACUCCACCGCGCCAAAAGCGUCAAACCGCCCAUCCUCGAUUCGCGCCUCGGAUCGUAUCGCCACCGCAGCCCCGACGCGCACCCGCGCAGCAAAUCCACCCACAACCGCGCCCAGCGCCACACCAACUCUGUCCCCCUCGCCUCACCCACACGCUUCACCCACGAGAAACAACCGCGCUUGGUCGUGCAUCCGCAAAAACCGCAACCCGCCCAAUCCCCAUCGUCGUCCUCCUCGUCCUUCCGACCUCUCCCCGUCCCCCCGCCCUUCACGCUCCCCAAGUAG